CAUCUGGAACACUGUCUCUCUUUUUGAAUUCCAAAUGUUGAAAAUAUGAACGAGAUCAUGUAGUAGUGAAGCUGGCAUUUGGAGAGCCGUUAAACAUCAGGAGCGGGUGCUGAACAUGCCCAUGCAGCUGUUUUAACAAGUAUCUAAAUGAGUGCUUCUGGAGUUAAUGGCCAACUUUUCGCUACACCAAUGAAUGAUUGGAGUGGAGACGAAUUUCUGGAAAAUGCAAUAGCUGAAUAUGAUAGGAACUAGGAAGGGCAAGGAAUGCAAACCUAUGGAUUUGGAAACGUUCCAUACGCGUUGUGCUCUGGUCUAAAAACUCAUCCCCCUCUUUACCUGUGCGUCCCAAAUGAUAAAAGUUGUGAGUCGGUAGGCGGCGCACGUUCAUACCUAUGUUUUUCACUUCCUUACUUCAUUUGAACAGAAAACAAAUGCAGGAAUGAGACGGGGUUGUCGGCACUGGCCAACACGAUCUACUGAAUCACAACUAUUUCGUAGUGAAACUUCGCGACUGGGGACGCAUUACCUUGUUCCAGCCAUGAUUCAGGCUACCUUUGGGUGACAUACCGAGCUUUUUAAAGCUGGUUGUUCAUAGAAUGAGUGAAUGUGGACAAUUAUGUUAGUUCCGUCCUAACACACUAAAGAAGAGUGAAUAACUAUUUUGGGGGGGAUUAGCAUGAGAUUUUUCUGAUCCUCACCGCAGAGUCAAGACAUCGAUCAUUCCCGGAGGGUGAUCUACAUAACUAUAGGUUACAUUGCGGCCAGUCAACGUGAUCAGCUUCGAUUCACCUGGCAGUUUCGAUUGUAAAUGAUGAUGAAGCUCAGUCGGCAAUUCACUGUUUUUGGAAGUGCCAUAUUCUGUGUUGUUAUCUUCUCAUUGUACCUGAUGCUGGAUCACCUGCAAUUAGACCAUACAAAAAGUCCAAACAACGGCGGGGAUAAAUUGCAAAAUGGCCAGUUGUCCAUCCUGCAGGAUAAGAUUGACCGCUUGGAGAGACUACUAUCUGAGAACAAUGAGAUCAUAGCCAACAUCAGGGACUCUGUGAUCAAUCUGAAGGAGUCGGUCAAGGAUGGCCGUGGGGGUCUUGACGGCGGGAACAUGAGCCAAGGGCCCUAUCUAGAACUGCUGGCUUCGCCUCCACUGGUCCUCCCUAUUGACUCACAAGACUGUCAGUUUGCGACAAGGGAGUUCUCCAAGCCAGCAGAUGGGGUGCAGUUGCUAGAUGUGUAUGACCUCCUGACCUUUGACAACCAUGAUGGGGGAGUGUGGAAACAAGGCUUUGAUAUCACCUACCAGGAUAAUGAAUGGGACAGCGAGCCACUGCAAGUCUUUGUUGUGCCCCACUCACACAAUGAUCCUGGAUGGCUGAAGACGUUUGACGACUACUACCGGGACCAGACCCAGCACAUCCUGAACAACAUAGUGGUGAAACUCCAUGAGGACAGCCGCAGGAAAAUGAUCUGGUCCGAGAUCUCAUACUUCUCCAAGUGGUGGGACAACAUCGACAACCAGAAGAGAGACGCUGUCAAGAGUCUGUUUGAGCAAGGCCAGUUGGAGAUCACAACGGGAGGCUGGGUGAUGCCUGAUGAAGCCAACUCGCAUUACUUUGCAUUAAUUGACCAGCUAUUGGAGGGACACCAAUGGUUGGAGAGAAAUGUGGGAGUGAAACCCCAGACGGGCUGGGCUGUGGAUCCGUUUGGCCACUCCCCUACCCAGGCGUACCUGUUGAAACAGGCUGGCCUGGCCAACAUGCUCAUCCAGAGGGUGCACUACUCCGUCAAGAAACACUUUGCCAGUCAGAAGACCCUGGAGUUCUUCUGGAGACAGAACUGGGACCCAGCCUCCAGCACGGACAUUCUAUGCCACAUGAUGCCCUUCUACAGUUAUGAUAUUCCCCACACGUGUGGCCCCGACCCCAAGAUCUGCUGCCAGUUUGACUUCAAAAGACUUCCUGGUGGGCGGGUCAGCUGUCCCUGGAGGGUCCCCCCUCAGCCAAUCACGGAUGGAAACGUACAACAGAGGGUUCAGAUGCUGCUGGACCAGUACAGGAAGAAGUCCAAGCUGUUCCGAACCAAGGUGGUGAUGGUCCCCCUAGGGGACGACUUCCGCUAUGCAGAGGCCUUGGAGUGGGACCAGCAGUUCCAGAACUACCAGAAGCUCUUUGACUACAUGAACUCUCAUCCAGAACUACACGUCAAGGCUCAGUUCGGCACCAUCACGGAUUACUUCAACGCUCUUCGUAAAUCGUCCAUAGACCCCGGUCACGCUAGUGCCUCUUUACCGGUGGUCAGCGGCGACUUCUUUACCUACGCAGACCGAGAUGACCAUUACUGGAGCGGCUACUUCACCUCCCGACCCUUCUACAAACACCUAGACCGCGUGCUGGAGUCACACCUCAGGGCAGCUGAGAUCCUUUACUCCCUGACCCUGGCUAAUAUUCAGAGGUUUGGGAAGCUGAAUGAUUUCCCAGCUGUGGAGAACAACAGACUGCUCACUGAAGCCAGGAGGAACCUGGGCCUGUUCCAGCAUCAUGAUGCCAUCACAGGCACCGGCAAGGACAUGGUAGUGAUCGACUACGGUACCAGGUUGUUUCAUUCCAUUUUGAAUUUGAACCAAGUGAUUGUCAACUCCGCUCACUGGCUGGUGUUAAAGGACAAAAGUGCAUACAGUCACAAUCCGUCAAAAGCCUUUCUUCAAAUGGAUGACAUCCAGCCUUCUCAAGAUGGCCUGCCUCAAAAAAACAUUCUGAAAAUCAGCUCACAGCCUAGGUCUGUGGUCGUCUACAACCCCACGGAGCAGGACCGCACGUCAGUGGUGACCGUGUACGUGAACACGCCCCACGUGUGUGUGAUCACAGACCACGGUCACCCUGUCCCCGCUCAGGUUAGCGCGGUCUGGGAUGACUCCACCACAGCUUCCACAGAGGCCUUCCAGUUGUCCUUCGUAGCUCAGGUACCAGCGCUGGGUCUUGGGCUGUACCAGUUGAGUACGGCUGUGAGCGGCGGGGCGGAGACGGCAGAGUAUGUUUUCCUCAGGCAAGGCGGCGGACUAUCCGUCAACAUGAAGCACUUCACCGUCAACAUCCCCCAGGACGCCUCCACCCCCCUCAGCAUCCACAACCCCCACAUCCAGAUCUGGAGCUCCCCCACCACCGGCCUGAUGGAGAGAUUGAAGCUGAAAGAGAACGGCUCAGAACACCAGAUCAAGGUGGAGUUUGCGUGGUAUGGCACAACCAGCAACCGAGAUAAAAGUGGAGCCUACUUGUUCCUGCCCGACGGGGAAGCCAAGAUGUACUCUCCCGCCCGGUCUCCAGUGAUACGGAUAACCAAAGGAUCUGUGUUCUCUGAAAUCACCACUACCUUCGAUCACGUGACACACACUCUACGCCUGUAUAACGUUCAAGGUGUGGAGGGCCAGGCAGUGGAGAUCUGUAACUUGGUAGAUAUAAGGAGGGAGUUCAACCAUGAAAUUGCAAUGAGGUUAGCAUCAGAUGUGGACAGCAAGGAUCGAUUCUUCACAGACCUCAACGGAUUCCAGAUACAGCCCAGAAGAACCAUGGCCAAGCUUCCCCUUCAAGCCAACUUCUAUCCCAUGACCAGCAUGGCCUACAUCCAGGACCCCGGUACCAGACUGACCCUGCUCACUGCACAGUCUCUGGGCUCCGCCAGCCUUGUGAGUGGCCAGUUGGAGGUGAUUAUGGAUCGUCGGCUGAACCAGGAUGAUAACCGCGGGCUGGGCCAGGGUGUCCUGGACAACAAAGUUACCCCCAGCACUUUUCGCCUGCUCCUGGAGAAGAGGGCCAAGACCGAUGGGGGGGAGAAACCCUCACCCCUCAGCUACCCGUCUCUGCUGAGUCACGUGUCGUCGUUGUACCUGAACCACCCUCUGAUCUCCAUGGCCGUCAGCACGGAGGCACAGUCCCUGUCCUUGUCCGCCUUCACCCCGCUGGCCUCAUCGCUGCCCUGUGACAUCCACUUGGUCAAUCUACGCAGCAUACAGUCCAAGGAGGACGGGGGUGGUCCGUCGGACGAGGCAGCUUUGAUUCUGCACAGAAAAGGCUUUGACUGCGCCUUCUCCAAUAGGAACACAGGGCUACUGUGUGCCACCACGCAGGGGAAGAUCCACACGGAGAAGCUGUUUUCAGAACUGAGAUUCCAGAGCAUCAUCCCCGUAUCCCUGACUCUGAUGCAUACGACUGAGGGAGGGUCGAGCAAAGAGGAAAUCAGACUGAAACCAAUGGAGAUCAGCACAUACCGCGUACAGCUGACAUGACAGCUGGCCAGAGAGCCUAGUGCCUAGUCUGCCAUGGCACAUGCCCAAAAUCUGGCCUCUGUUCCUGUGCCGAAAAACAUUGUCAGCGAGGCUAUGCAGAAGCCUAGGGACAUAGUACAUCCUUGGAACAGACGGAAGGAGGGAAAGAGGAAGAGAGAAAGAAGGAGAGAGGGAGGAGGAUUAGGAAGGAGGGAGGAGGGGAAGAAAGGAGAGAGGCAGGAGGAGAAGGAAAUGGAACUUGAUUAAGCUUCAUUUUAAAAGUGCAGUAUGAUAUUGUUUGAAUCCAGUAUCCCUAGUUAUCCUGCAGUUUCAGGUUCUGUAUGUGUUGUGAACGUUUGUGUUGCAAUUUCACUUGAACUCACUCUACUGAGAAGACCACAGGUCCACAUUUCCUUUUCCACUAAUAUGAUUUUGUACAAUGUGAUUCCUUGUCUUGUUUUACCGAGGUAUGGUUUCAAUCAUAGUGAAUAGUGCGUCAUGUCUUUGGCAUGCCGGAAAAAAGAUUUGAACGAAAACUGAUUCUAAAUAUAUAUUUUUUUAUAUGUUUCAUUGCAAGUGAGAUGCAGUUUUUAUUUUUCCAAAGAGCAAAAAUGUGCCUUAUUUCUCAAUUUCAUAAUGAGCCCAAUGUAUAUAUGUUGUUCCCCUUGGAGAAAAAUGUACGUUAGAAUUUACUAUCAAUGCGAAAUUACUGCAGCAAAUAGUUGUUAUAUAAUUGACAUGUGACAUCGCAUUCAUUGAUAUAGGUCUGUUAUUGUGACCUUCAUAUCCAUAUUGUUGUGAAUUCUCUCGUUUUUGUUGUUUUACACAGCUAUACCACUCUUGGUACAGCGCAGCAGUCAGUCAGAUGUUUUGAUCAAGAAAUGUUCAAAGGUGUAUCAAUAAUAAAGCCUUUUAAUCAGUUGCAGUUGCAGGAAAACGGCACCGCGGGUUGACUUGGAAUGUCCACACUGUGUUGAGGUGUUACUGUGAAAACAGACACACGCUGUUCCUCUCUGGGAAAAUGUCCUAAUUGGAUGUUGGUGAAAAAAACACACCUGUAGCGUUAACUUUCAAAGCCUGUUUCCCAGAUAUGGAAAAACCCAGGUUCUGCAUUAGAAAGCACUUUCAAUGGAAAUUUGGCAUCGAACAUGCUUUUUAGUCCAGGACUAGGCUUAAUCUGUGUCCGGGAAACCGCCACUCAGCGUGGUUUAUUAUAAUCUGCAAUUGAUUGAAUUGGGGCCUACAGCCUAGAUAUCAAACUAUGCAACUGAUCCAACUCACCAUUGAUACUGUAUAUGCAGCAAUCCCCUCUUUUCUCCUCAUGGAUCUGAAUGAGUUGAAUCCUCUAAAUCUACAAUAGUUAGUCAUUACAUUCUUGAGACACAUUUUGUUACUAUGGCCAAAAGCGUAUGACUGCUUGCUUAAGCGCAUGCCAAAGGUCACAAAUCCUGUCAUAUUUGCGCAACUAUUUUUGUUUUGUUCCGUUCUUGCCUGUGAUCUUGGCUAACAGAUGGAAUGCCUUAAACUGGUACCUGGACUGAGCCAUUUUCAAAUCCCCUUCAACAUGUUGCCACGGGGUUUUUAAUGAAUGCUUUCAACACAUUUGUGAAGUUCCAAGGAGAUGGAAAUGUUCCCUUACAUUUCCUGGGGUGUUUUUAGGUGAGUGUAUCUUAUGUGUGAUACAGAAGAAUGCCUAGUUAUUCUGGUGGUCAGAUAAUUGCACCUUCACUGUCAUGGUAAGGAAUUAGAAUUCUUGGGACAUUGGUUGCAAUUUUUUUUAAAUGUCUAUUUGUAAAUGAAUGUGGAAAUGGUUGUUCCGUAAUGUUUGAAUGGGAAUGGGAAUGUCAAAGCUAGUUUAAUAGUUCUAUCACAUCUCAUUAAAUUAUGGGGGGAAAUGUAUUAUCUCCUUUAUGAGUGACAAAAGUCCAUUUCAAGACAGAAGAUGGUCUAGGAGGAUUUGAAAUGAAAAGCAUAUUUGAGAAACAAUACACUUUACUUGGUAUAGAAUUGUAAUUGUUCUAUUGUCUGUCUUUGAAUCUCAGCAUUAGGGUAUGGUGUUAUGCGCUAAUCUCUUUCUACCAAUGUUGCUUGUUGAGAGUAAAAUGUUGUCAUUGUUUAUCUUUCUGUAAAUGUCAUAUAAUGGAGAAUAAAAAAUAAUAAAAUCCAA